UCUAGUGGCACGUAAAUAUUAGGUACCACUAUAUUACAUAAAUAAGGUGGUAAAUGUAAUGUUCAAAUGAGUUAGUCUCGCGCUUCCAAGUUCUUGAGUAGUGGAAGUGCACUACUGAGCUGUAGUAAAAUCCUGCAGGCCAUUCAAUCAAAGAUGGGACUCGAAUAUAUCUCCACACGAUGAGUCCCGGGCCCAGUCACAUUCCAAGCCAACGUAGUCGCUUCGAAGCCUUGCUAUUCCAGCUAGGAAGGAUGACUCAGGGAGUUUAAGAUGGUUCCCUCCAGAGCGUUUUCGUCUCUUCUUGCCCUACCGGCGCUUGCCUUCCUCUCGCUGUCAGCGAGCGCUUUGCCUCAUCUUCGGACGGCGUCAAGCACAGCUGCUCUCAAGCUCGCCGUUAGAAUCAAUUCGUAUGGGAUCAAGAACAUCGCGGCUGCAGAUCGAGCUCGAAUCCAGGCCUUACAAGCUGGCGGCAGCUCCUCCAUCGAUGCAACUAAUGCUGUGGCGAUGUACACCGCUGACAUUGGCGUGGGGAGUCCAGCAACGUACUACACACUCGUGCUAGACACCGGAAGCUCAUUUACCUGGAUCGGGGCCAACAAGACUUACCAGCCAACUACCACGAGCCAUGACACAGGCAAUCAAUUUUCUGUUAUAUAUGGCGGUGGGAUUUAUGCUUCCGGAGAAGAAUACACAGACACCGUAACGCUAAACUCUGAUCUGGUCAUUAGCGACCAAUCUAUUGGCGUCGCAUCUAACCACCCAUAUCUGGAUGGUACAGAUGGAGUUCUUGGCCUUGGACCAGUUGAUUUGACGGUUGGCAUCGUCAACAAUGAAAAUGAAGUUGCAACUGUGAUGGACAACCUUUAUGCGCAGAAAAGUAUCAGUUCGGAAGUACUCGGAGUGUUCUUCGCACCUGCUUCCUCUGACGAUAGCAGCGGCGAGCUCACAUUUGGCGGUUAUGACGCCUCCAAAAUUACUGGAAACAUCAGUUAUGUGCCGAUCACAUUAAUAUAUCCAGCCAGUAUGUAUUGGGGCAUUGAUCAGUCCAUCAGCUAUGGGCCUACGUCCAUUUUGGCCGAGACAGCUGGUGUCGUCGAUACCGGAACCACCUUCAUUCUCAUUGCAUCUGAUGCCUUCGACAAAUAUCAGUCUGCUACGGGGGCAACCCUCGAUGAGAGCACUGGCUUCUUAAAGAUCUCAUCCGACCAGUACAGCCAGCUCUCAUCCUUGUAUUUCACUACUGGUGGGGUUACUUAUGAGCUCACCCCCAAUGGGCAAAUUUGGCCUCGAUCAUUGAACACAGCCAUUGGCGGUACCACCGACAGCAUAUACCUGGUUAUCAGUUCCACUGAUACUCCCUCUGGUUCUGGCCUGGAUUUUGCGAACGGCUACUGUUUCCUCGAGCGGUUUUACUCGGUGUAUGACACGACGAACUCCCGAGUCGGGUUCGCCACCACUGAGUACACCUAUGCCAUGACAAAUUAACCACAGUCCUUCAGGAAGAUCACAUACCCGGG